UUUCCAGACCAGUGGGGCUUUCUGCAGACCGUUCCAUUCCAGCCAAGUCCCAGCAUGUUGUAGGCAGCUGCUACCGAAAAGAAGACUAGAGUGGAGAAAGCAACAAAGAAGAGAAGAGAAGAAAGUGUCGGGAGGACUGAUAGAGGAAGUCAACAUGACCCCAGUGGACCAGCUGGACCAACAGUAAACCCAAUCCAGCUGGAAGAGCCUACACCAGUACACUUUGAUCUGCAGCACUGUGGUGUGGAUAUGAAUGGGAAGGUAAAUACUGCUGAUGAGAUCCUUCAUUCCCAAAGUGCAAGUAUGGUGUCAAAUCUGUCUCCAGAAGCCCAGUCUCACACUCGGACGGCUCGUACUCCCAGAAAAGCGGCUAUGUUUGGAAAGCGCUCCAACUCUAUGCGCAGGAAUCCCAAAGCAGAGGUUUCCAAACAGGGAUGGCUGUACAAGCAGGCCAGCAGUGGAGUGAAGCAGUGGAGCAAGAGGUGGUUUGUCCUGACUGACAGAUGUCUCUUUUACUACAAAGAUGAGAAGGAGGACACAGUGUUAGGGAGUUUGCCCCUGCUCAGCUUCCGGAUCGGAGGAGUGCGGUCGUCGGACAGCAUCACCCGCAAGUUUGCCUUUAAGGUGUGGUUGGAAGAAGAGGAGGAGGAGUGUGAGGACAGGGAGCUGAAGGGUUCUGUGGCGUUUUGUAUGCAGGCGGAGCAUGCUGGGACCAGGACGUACUACUUCAGUGCUGACAGCCAUGAGGAACAGGAGGAGUGGAUCAGAGCCAUGAGCGAGGCUGCUGAGGUCCACAAUCAGUCAACACAGAGAACUAACUUGGACACCACAGCUGAUCACAUCAUGGUGACCAAGGCACCUGACUCACGAACACAACAGCAUCCACACGCACAAAACCACAAUGAAACUGACAGUGACCUGUCCCCCCAUCCGAAAACCAAUGGGCUCGACAGUCUUGAAACACCACCGCUGUCUACCACGUGCUCUGAUCUGGAGGGAAAAAUUAAUGACGGACGAGAAAGAGAAGGUGCAGCAAUAAGUGGAGCUGAAGUGGGAGGACCCGGUCCUGACCACGCCUCUCAUCCAAAUCACCACCCAAACGGUUGGAGCAACUACGGCCCUCCUAACACUGUGACCCACAACAGCAAUAGCAAACUCCCUCUUUCCAGGAAUCACAGUGGACAUCGUGCCACUCAGGGACACGUAGAGGCAGGUGUUGCCCCAUCACAAAACCACAGGGAACAGCAGGAGAAUGUAAUCCUGAGGCGGGGCUUUGUGCCACGAACAGCACCAGAGAAAGUGGCCCAGCGAAAGAGUUCCAUGGCCCAGCUGCAACAGUGGGUCAACCAGCGGCGAGGCAUGGCCUCUCAGGAGGACAUCAACAGCCCAUCUUGCUACUACCCAGUAAAUCGCGGGGUCUUGGCUGACUACUGUGGCUACUCUGGUGGUCCCCAGUAUGUGGACGAGUACCCUCUGUACCCACCAGGGGUCCGACCAGACAGUAUCUGCUCUGUCUCUGCUGUGGGGGGAUACGACCGACGCUGGACUGUUGAGGAAAAGCGCCGCUCUCUGAGGGAUGGUUUCCAUCCCCUGUAUGGACCACAGAUUCCCCAUGACCCAUGGGGGUCACAAUAUUAUGGUGGAAUGGAAACAUCCAUGCGGCGCCUGUCCAUUCAGCCACGCUCCAGGUCUGUGCCCAGGUCGCCAUCCUCGUCAUCAGGGGGGCCCUACUCACCAGUCCCACCUAACUUUGUCUCACCGGCUCGAUCACCAUCGACUCGCUUCGACCGGUUUCCAGGGAGGAUGAGGGAAGAUGUGAUCUAUGCUGAUCCGUCCGUCUACAGCCUGAGACGAUCCCUCAGCUCACCAAAGUAUGACUACCCUGGUGACAGGAGAUCCUUAAGCCAAGGAUUAUACCACCACAACUACCCUGUAUCCCCCUCUAUCCGCAAUAAAAUGGUGCCUCCUUUCCAUGAUGUCUACAGCAGAGAGCUACAUCCCACCCUGAAACUCAACGAGAUCGAAACCAGUAAACUUCUGGGUCGACUGUGUGAGCAGAAUCAAAUUUUGAAAGACCACGAGACUGUUGUCCACAGACUGAGAAUGGACAAGGACAACCUAGAGGAAUCUCUGGUGGCAACUCAUCAGGAGAUGGAGCUGUACCACAACCAGCCGUUAAUCAUAGAAAAGCUGCAGUUCAAAAAGGAAACCCAGCAGAACCAGCUCAUUAACAUCAGAGGGGAGCUCUCACAGGCCUCCAGUGCUUUAACCACGACUCGUAUGGAGUUUGAGGCAUUAGAGGACGAGGCCAAUGCCAUCCAUGGGGAUUUAUGGGAGCAGCUCAAUGCAGGAGGACAGAGUGAACUAGUUCGUAGACACAUCCAGAAGGAGUUUUGGAGAGUCCAGGAUGUAUUGGAGGGACUACACAAGAGUAACUCAUCCAGAGGCACUGACACAGCCAAGCAUAGAGUCGCCAGUGGUGCAUCAGGCUCCUUUAGCACCAAUAGCCCAGCCAGUCCCCUGAGUUCAGUAAGCCUAACCAGCCCGCUCAGCCCCUUCUCCCCAGUGCCCGGCUGCCAGGCCUCCCCCAACAAACAGCUUGGCGUGGAGUCGAAGUUUGGAGAACAGAACAAUAACAGUGAGAUGCAGGAGGUGCAGGACAGACAGUCUGCCAAUAAAGUUGGCAUUGUUCCUCCUAGAACCAAGUCCCCCACUGACAAAUUGCACAGGAGUUCUGCUGGAGUUUUCCAGCCAAAUGAGAGCAGGCCGAAUGGAAUCUCCAGGGAACGUCCAAAGAGCGCCGUGUUUCCUGCUGAGAUUAAGUCCAAGAUGACUGUGGAGGAGCAGAAUGAACGAAUUCGUCGAAACCAGAGCAGCUCUGUAAGGGACAAGAGGCGCAGUCUGAACCUCUCAAGUAGCCAGACUCCAGCCAACUACAAAGUGGUUCGUAGGCGACUGACAGCCCAUGAAAUUGACAUUAAAGACCUGGAGGCAGCGGUACGAGGUCAGGGCCAGGAGUCACCACAGGAAGAAAUCGCCCGUCUGAGACGGUUACAGGUUGAACCAGAACACUAUGACAUCAACAAAGAGCUAAUGGCUCCUGACAAGGUUCUGAUCCCUGAACGCUAUCAGGAUUUGGAGAAUAACCCUUCCCUUAGCCCCGAAGAGCAGAAGGAGAAGCAGAAGAAACUAAAGCGGAUCAAGACCCUCAUUGCCAAAUCAAACUUGCAAAACAUGGUUCCUUUCCUUGACGGCCCAGUGGAAGGUGGAGCUCCAGCAAGCUCCCAGCAGCAGUUGCAGGAGCAGGAAAAGCGUAUUGAGAUCUCCUGUACUCUGGCUGCUGAGGCCUCUCGUCGUAGCCGCCUUCUCUCUGCCCAGUGUGCCUCCAGUCCCCCCACCUCCCCGACCAGCCUGGUUCCUACCCCUCCCUCUGCUGACUUUCCCAACUCCGCCGACAUCAUGCAGGUGUGAGUCUUACAAGUUCAAGGCCUUGCUACUGUGAAGUUUGAUGGAGCAUCUUUCUGAGGAUUCACUGGAAAAACUGAACAAUGAAGAUGCCUCAGACUUUGAACUUUAGAGGCUGAACUGAUACAACAAAAACAUUCACAGCUAUCCAAGGAUGUUUCGAGGAGGCAAGAGCAAGUUUAAAACCCAAAUGAAUGCUAUUAGGACUUGUGACUUUAUCCCCCGAACAUUUCUAUAUAAUUUAGCUCAGGACAUAUUUAGAGAUUACUGAUGAACUAUGCUGCUGGUGAGACGUUUCACACUCAUAAUGUCAAAAUGUCAGUGAACUGAGGUGUGAUCCUUUCACAAGGUAACACUGCAUAUGAGAGGCCCACGCUGAAGAUGAACAAGGGAAAGAGAAACCGAGACAACUUAAGAAAUGUUUGGGACAAUGAUGAGUAAAUCUCACUGGGGUUGAAGAUGUUUUGGGCCACUAAAGGCCUGAGGCUGUUCAUUAUCAUCUGACUUUCAUAGAAGCUGUAAAAGUACCAAUCAACCAAACCACCAAUAGCUUGUGAGAGCCAGUGAGGAGCAGGGCUUAGCUACAGGCUGUGGGCAUUUGCCCAGAAUGACAUAUUCUGACAAGAGUGAAGCCUCUUAUUCUUUGUUAAAUUCUAAGUACUCUCCUUAUAAAGUCACUGUGAUGUCUCACUGUGAUGCCUUUUUCAGGCAGAAUUCCAAUCCCACACAUCCUAACCUCCCACAUCACAGACAUUUGAUUGGAUCAAACGCAACGUCACCUGGAUUAGGUUUUGCUUCAUGUCAUCACUCAUCUGUUGCAACAAACACACUGAAGCACAGAUUCUGUUGUGAGGGAGAGCUGAAGGUGAACAGCAUGAUGUAAAACAUGGCACACAUUUUACAACAAGUUAGAAUCAGAAUCAGCGUCCCUCUAUAAUCCCCGUCUUUGAGGCUUUGAGACGGAAUCUUGAGAUUUUAAGAGUAAUGUCCUUAUUGAUUCACCCCAAAACAAAGUUUUGUAUAUAAUACAUUGGAGUACACAGAUGUGGUCUUGUUAAUAUAUAUGUUUCCUCAUGAAAUGCAGCUGUUGAAACUAUACUCUGUACAUUGACAGAGGCAUUUUUGUAACCUCUGCCUGCAGUCAGUCCUGCAGAGUCUCUGACCAGGGAGGUUAGAAAUACUUUAGCUUGCCACACGAUUUGGUGGAUUUGGCUGCUCUUGGAAAUAAUGACCUUGCUCUGUGCAGUGUUGACUUUUUCAGUGACUGUCUACACCUACUGUAUAUAGGUAAUGUAUGUUGGGUAUGUAAUUUUAAAUAUUAUGCUGGAUGAGGGAUGUGGAAAUAGAAGUGACCUUAGAAGACCAGGUAGUUAAUGAUGCAGCCAUUUGUGAGGAAUUAUAUACUGGAAAAUACUGUACUGUAACAUAUCCCCACCACAUUUCAUCCAGUCAUUCAGCGCCAUCAGCCCAAAACAUGUGUUAUACACAUUAUGACGAAUACAGAUAUUUUGUAAUAUAUUGGUAUGUGAACGUACACCCCAUUAUGGAAAUUGUUGGCUUUUUUGACUUAUGUGGGCAAGCGGACAUUUAAUCCUCUACAAUGCAGUGCCUAAAAGAAACUUAAGUUUUCCAAUUGUUGAUUCAGAUUUGCUUUUCCAAGCAUUAUUCAACAAAGAUAUCAAAAGAUGUACUAUUUUUCAGUGGGAAAAGGAUUGCCUAAUUUAAUAAAAACCCCUUGUUGUAGGUGUUUUGCAUAACUGUCAGUCAGUCUUUAACAUGGACUCGCUGAAAUGUUUGACAACUCUUGCAUGCAAAAUUCCUUCAUUUGCAAGAUGUUUGACAAUUUCCCUGCAUGUGCUGCUUCGCCCACAACAUUUCAAAGGGAUUCACAUUUGGGCUUUGACUUCCAUAAUCCAAUAUUAUGUUCUCUGUUAUUUUUUUUUUUUUCUUGGUGGUUUUGCUUGUGUGCUUCGGAUCAUUGUUCCAUUGAAAGGUCUGCUUCCAGUUUAACUGUCGGACAUGUUUAAAAUUCAUAAUUUACAAUAUGAGGAUUUGCUUUUUGUCCCUUAAAAAUAGUUGUAUAGAGACUUCUAUCUAUCUGUCUGUCUGUCUGUCUGUCUGUCCAUGUCUCUCUCUCUCUCUCACACACACAAACAUGCGCACACACACACUCCUCAUUCUGUGUGUGUGUGUUCAUUGUGCUUAUUUUGCCCUGACACUCUUCAGUGUUUAAGUGACCUGUCUUUGUAAAGAGUACGUCCACAUUCUGAGACGAUAUGUUACAGAAAACUGUUUGUUUUUUUGUUUUUUUUUGGGAGAAAGCAAUCCACAGUUAUCACAACGCAAAAACAAAACAAUUUAAGAGAAUACUUCUAUUUUUUCUUGCUUCAUUUUUAUUUUUUAGAAAGGACAAACGUUCAACAGAGGUGGUACAUAUUUUUUUAGAUGCAUGGAUAUACAGUGUCAAGUUGAGAGGUUAAAUUUUUACACUCAAAUACACAAUGUUUUGCUUUGUUUGUUUUUUUUUGUUUUUUUUACAAGCCAGACAGUUUUACUUUUAUUGCUCUUGUGGAUCGUUUGAAGGAGCAGAACAUAGAUAUUUUUGAAUUAAUUGGAAUCUGAUGUGUUGUGAAACGACAGCCAAACGGUGGUGUCCGAUAUUUGAUAUUAGAUGUAGCAUUUGUAAAUGAUGAAAAUAAAGAAUAUAUACGUUAUAUACAUUGCUCAAUGUAUAUAAUAUUUUGGAUUUCAGAAACAAUAUAUCCUGCUAUCACAUAACUAUUGCUACUUUGGGGAAAAGAGACAAACUGCUUGAACUAUGCAAAUGAAUAAAAUUAGACAAAUAAAUUGCUUGCUUUCAGAAAACUUUGCAAUAAAGUGAAUGUAUACACAUAAUGUGUUUCUCUAGAUGCUUAUGAAUUCAUCACAGUAUUUUGUAUGAUAAAACAUGUCUCACUGUCUGGAAUGAUAAUAUAUUUACUGUUGUUAUUUUAUUCCACUUGUUGAUGAAGUUCACUGCCAAAAACACUACUGAGGUUAACUGUCUAGCGUGCUUGUUACUGAUAGGCUCCUUGAGGAUAUUCUACUGUCUUCGUUUUAUAAAACUGUAUGUCUGAAUGAAUAAAGUGCAAAAACAACAAAUGAA